AUGCAGGACGCUAUGGGCUAUGAGUUACCAUGGGUGUAUUUUGUCAGUCUGGUCAUCUUUGGAUCCUUUUUCGUUCUAAAUCUGGUUCUUGGUGUGUUGAGCGGGGAGUUUUCCAAAGAAAGAGAGAAGGCUAAGGCUCGGGGUGAUUUCCAGAAAUUACGAGAAAAACAACAGCUAGAGGAAGAUUUGAAGGGAUACUUAGACUGGAUAACCCAAGCAGAAGAUAUUGACCCAGAAAAUGAAGAUGAAGGCAUGGAUGAGGAGAAGCCUCGAAACAUGAGCAUGCCCACCAGUGAGACCGAGUCCGUGAACACAGACAACGUCCCUGGAGCAGAUAUUGAAGGCGAAAACUGCGGUGCUAGGCUGGC